GAAAAAGGAAAGGGGCGCGCGCGCCGGUACAGCCGAGGAGGCCGACGUGAGAGGUUGCCGGUGGCCGGUUCGAAAGGGAGAAGGGUAGUUGGAAGUCGUGCUGGGAGGGGGGUGUCGCUUAACGGCUCCAAAUCUUACGUAGCGCGAGCUCUGCCAGAGAAGGGCGGAGGGGGUGUCACGCCACGCCACGCCACAGAGGAGCGACAGUCUAAAGGAGAAGGCAGGCGGGUGAAGCGGCGGCGAUCGGAAAGCCAUGGCCUACGCGUAUCUCUUCAAGUACAUCAUAAUCGGGGACACAGGUGUUGGAAAAUCAUGUUUAUUGUUGCAGUUUACAGACAAAAGGUUUCAACCAGUUCAUGACCUUACUAUAGGUGUAGAAUUUGGUGCUCGAAUGAUAACCAUUGAUGGGAAACAGAUAAAACUUCAGAUAUGGGAUACAGCUGGGCAAGAGUCCUUCCGUUCCAUCACAAGGUCAUACUACAGAGGGGCAGCAGGUGCUUUACUAGUGUAUGACAUUACAAGGAGGGAUACUUUCAACCAUUUGACAACAUGGUUAGAAGAUGCCCGCCAGCAUUCUAAUUCCAAUAUGGUUAUUAUGCUAAUUGGAAAUAAAAGCGAUUUAGAGUCUAGAAGAGAAGUGAAAAAAGAAGAAGGAGAAGCAUUUGCAAGAGAGCAUGGCCUUAUCUUUAUGGAGACAUCUGCCAAAACUGCUUCAAAUGUAGAAGAGGCAUUUAUUAACACAGCAAAGGAAAUCUAUGAAAAAAUACAGGAAGGAGUUUUUGACAUUAAUAAUGAGGCAAAUGGCAUUAAAAUCGGCCCUCAGCAUGCUGCUACUAAUGCAACACUUGCAGGCAAUCAAGGAGGACAACAAGCUGGUGGAGGCUGCUGUUGAACCUAUUUUUACUUCCUAGCUGCCUGAUGAGACCUACUAACUUUCAUCCUUCCCUCUCUCCACUCAGUUUCAACUAUGACAUGAAAUUAUUGUAAGAUGGCAUCAUGUUGCGGAAGACUUUAUUCUUCAAAUCUUGUACAACUUUGAAUAAAUGGUUAACGUUCACUUAAAAUACAGAUUUUGGAGAUUGUAUUCAUAUCUAUAUUUCCAUUUCAUUUUGAAGUCCAUUGUUGUGAUUAUUUUUGUCAAAUAUUGUCUUGUGCCCUUGACUACGAACUGUAUUAAACACUACAAAGUCAUCUGAGUACUUUAUUCGGUUUGUGUAGUUAGGUGGCCCAGCUACUGUGGUUACCUAAUGUUUACUAUUGUAGAACUGUCCUCAAUUUUGUCCAUUUCCAGCUCUGAAAAAAAAAGAGAUUCUUAAUCCUAUAUUUAUCAUUUACUUUCUGUAUAUAUAGUUUAACAACCUGCUUGGAUGUAUUUGCCAAGCUAUAAUUCUUUAAUGCAUUUGCAUAAAUUCAAUACAUUUAGAGCUUGGAAGUGCAAAGCAUUAUUAGAAAUUGCUUAGAUAUUGAAUUUUAAACUUUAUUGAUAUGUUAGCAUGUUUGUUGUCUUGUCAUUCUAGAAUCCUGACUCCCCAAAAAUGCUUUAUGUAUAUUAUUAGAAGCUACAUAUAUGUUACCUAUUUUAAUGCCAAAUGUUUGCUAUUUGCUCACAACUUCCAUAACACCUCUUCAGAAAUGGAUUAGCUGUUUGCCUUAAUUGUGUAGGUUAAACAUAUUAUGAAUGAAAACAGAGAAAACAUUGAAACUCCAAGUGAUACAUUAUGAAGAGUUUGAUCGUAAAUUUAUUUCCAUCUUCACUUAUAGGUAAAUGUUUUUCAUCAAGGACAGUUUUUCAGCCUAGAUGUACAGUAACUGUGUAAAGUUGGUUUUCUUUUGGUUUGGGCUUUUUAUUUUUAUUUUUUGGUGGCAACGUGUAAUCUUAAUAUGGUAAACAUCUUGUCUAUUGUGAAGGAGGUGUGACAAUAAAAUUGCCAGAUUGCAAAUACUUGAUUGAAGACAAAAUUGAAAAUGCUUUAGUACUGCACUCCCCAUGGUGAUUUUAUUUUCAUUUUCUCCAUAGUUUUCAUUUAUUUUCCCCUGUGCACAAUAAGUUCUUGGUAAUCAUAUAUUAAACAAGGGAAGAUGGAUAGGACUUUAAGUGAAAAUUCUUGAACCAACAGUAUUGCUAAUUGCUUUUUCAAAAAUCACCCAACUAACAUUUCCAAUUUAGAACCCAGAGAGAAAAUAUGAUAUGGAUAUAUUCAAAAGGAAGUGGAAAUAAUUUAAUUUCUUAAUUUUAACCUAAUUUAAUGUUAGAACUUCUUGAUAGACAUUCAGUAACUGAACAAUAUAUGUAAUUAUUACAUUUUUAUCAUAUCACUUCUAAGAUAAAGAUAUAGCAAAUAGUAUUUGUGUCCAAAGGUUGCACAUUUUUGAUAGUCACAAGUAUAGGAGUUAGGAUAGUAACAGUGCUACUGGAUGGGCCAGACUCCAGGUUUUGUGAAGGUGAGUGUUUGUGUAUGUUGUGUGUGUGUGCUAAUUGGGUGAGUUUUUCUAAAAAGCUUUUCUACACAAGCCUUAAUUUACCUCUUUUUCUUGGAUUUUGAUAUUUCCUUUAACCAGUAAUGGAAAGUGCAGCACCUUGCCACCAAAUUUCAGUGAUAUGAUCUGAGGGAUUUUAGAAGCUGCAAUAAAAAUAUUGAAUUGGCUUUGUGCUGUCCACAGGAUGCCCACCUGUUCUAAGGUGCCCAGAGAAGCCUUUUAGCUUCAUGACAAUCAUGAAACCGAUUUCUUGGAGAUAUGAUUACCUACUUUUAUUCAUUAGGGAAUGCUUCAUUCUGCUUAACAUUGGUCUAUAAAGUGCUGGGUAUGGCAAUGAUAGAAAUAUGUGACACAUACAUAUUUAGUUCAACUGCAAAUCCCCUUCAUCUACCAUGCUGGGUUGGGGACAAUAGGGGGAAUUCACCAGUAUAUGUGGAAUUGACCCAAGACCUAAAAUCAGCAUGCAGAAUACAAGGAUUUUAUAGGUUUAAUAUGCAUGCAUGAUUUCAGGCUACUGUUCAUGAUAAGAAUACUAGUAAGUGAUGUUUUUUCUCUGAUGCUGUCUUCUGUCAUGAUCUCAAUUGUACUAUUCAAUGUACAUUUUCUAUAAAUGUAAUAACAAACUCAUAAUUUAAAAGAUCUGAGUUUGUUGGCCAUGAAAAUUGAGGUUUUUUUAUCUGUAUGUGAUGAAUCAGCUGUUCCAUACCAAAAUACUUUUCUGUAACUGAUGUUUUUCUUCCCUCUUAAGGUACAGUGUUCCCUUGCAAAAAUUGAGCAGUUCUGAAGAUGAAUAAUUUGAAAUAGAGAAUUUGUACCUUUUAAAUCCUGUUCUUUUCAUCAAACAUUUUAAGCAAUGGUAUAUAGAUUUUUCCUGCUGCUUAGGCUAAUAGUUUCUGAGCCCUACUAGCAACAUUGUCUUGUGAUGUUUUCAUUGGAUAUGGCAUUUUAGUAUUGUCCACCACACCUAAUAUGCUCUCUAUGUAUAAUAUAUAUAGUACACAUAUAUAUUUGAAAUAGAAAUUUAUGGAUUUUCUAUUAUAUGUGUGUAUUACGUGUUUCUAAUCACUGGAUUUGUAUGGUACAAAUUCCAAAUGUAACAGAUCUAACUGCUUAAUGCAGUGUCUCACAAAAAUGAGAAAUGAUCAAUACAUGUUACUUAUACCAUAAUGUUUGGAAGCUACUUAAAACAUGAAGUAUUGUUUAUAUGUUCAAAAUUUAUAUUCUGCUUCAUCUCUUGUCAGUAUCAUUCUGCCUUUGUUACAAGCAAACAUUGUUUUUCCCUUUUUUUCUCCCCUUCCUAUCCCAUUUAAAAAACAAUACAGAAUUAUAUUGGAAAUGAUGCUUUAGCAGCCAUAGUGUUACAGGUGUUGAAAAUACCUUUGCAUUAAAGAGAAACUUUGAUAAGGCAUUGGAAGUA